AUGGUUCAAAAAGUAUUAUUAGCUGUUACUUCAUAUUACGGACCAUUCUAUGAUGAUGGUGCAAAAACUGGUUUAUUUGCUACUGAAGCUAUUGAACCAUUUGAGAUUUUUAGAAAACAAGGUUUUGAAGUCACAAUUGCUUCUGAAACUGGUAAAUUUGGUUAUGAUGAACAUAGUUUAUCGCAAGAUUUCUUAGCUGGUGAAGCUAGAAAAAUUUAUGAAGAUAAAAAUUCUGAAUUUAAUAAAGCGAUAAAUAAUAUUAAAAAAGCGUCAGAUUUAGAUGCGUCAGAUUAUGAUAUCUUCUUUGCUGCAGGUGGCCAUGGUACUUUAUUUGAUUUUGAUAAAGCAGCAGCAUUACAUGAAAUUGCAAAGAUUACAUAUGAAGAUAAAAAUGGUGUUGUUAGUGCUGUUUGUCAUGGACCUGUCAUUUUUCAAAAUUUAAAUUUAGCAGAUGGUACUCCAUUAAUUAAAGGUAAAAAAGUUACAGGUUUUACUGAUAAAGGUGAACAAGAAAUGAAAGUUGUUGAUGCUUUAAGAAAAUAUGCUGUUCCAACAGUUAAACAAAUUGCAGAAGAAGAAGGAGCAACUUAUGUUGAACCACAAGGUCCAUGGGAUACAUUUACAGUUACAGAUAGUAAAAUUGUCACUGGUGUUAACCCCCAAUCUGCAGAAAAGACUGCUUCAGAUGCAAUAAAAGCAUAUUCAGAUUGA